UUCAACGUAAACAACAACGAAUUGCCGUUCCCUGUGCCACGAAAACGAAAUAAACUAUACGUUUAUUAUUCAACAAUGGGCUAUCUAUUCCAAAUUGUACGGGAUAUUGAUCCAAAAUUACGUCUUAUGAUCGAUACGUUUACAUUGAUUGGUUUUAUUUAUACUACACGUUUCUUAUGGACAAUAGCAUCAUCAGUUUUAAGUGGAUUCUAUGUCCAUGUUUGGCCACGUGUAUGGUUCCGUACAAAUUUCUCUGCAAAAUAUGGAAAAUGGGCAAUAAUUACCGGUGCAACCGAUGGUAUUGGCUUGGAAUAUGCAAAACAAUUUGCUGAACGUGGCUUGAAUAUCAUUUUAUUGGGCCGUAAUUCAGAUAAAUUAGCACGGGUACGAUCACAGCUAAUCGAAAUGAAUCGAGAACGUAACAUUCAAAUCAUUAGUAUUCAAGCUGAUUUGAAUUCUGAUGAUAGACAAAUGUAUCAACGUAUAUGGCGUGAAAUCGAUCCAGAACAUCGUGAAAUUGGCAUUUUAGUUAAUAAUGCUGGCGUAAUGUUUGAUUCACCAAAUAAAUUUUUGGAUCAACCAGAAACCAAACUUUGGGAACAUGUUCGUGUAAAUAUGUUGGCCGUUAUUAUGAUGACACGUUUAGUAUUACCAUCGAUGGUUAAACGAAAACGUGGUCUUGUCAUCAAUGUUGCUUCGAUUGCCGGUUAUCAACCAUUACCAUUGAUGGGAGUUUAUUCAGCUUCGAAGGUAUUUGUGGAAUGGUUUUCACAAAGUUUAGAAAUUGAAUAUCGAGAAUCGAAUAUCGAAGUACAAACAUUGAUUCCAAAUUAUAUUGGCACGAAAAUGACUGGUUUCUCUAGCCUAUUGCAAACCCGAUCAUUAAUGUAUCCGAAUGCAGAAACAUUUACGGCCAACGCUAUAGCUACUAUUGGACGUAGCCGUUUAACAUCUGGUUAUUGGUUUCAUGAUUUAUCACAUUUCUUUACAAAAUUAUUCUUACCAAAUUGGGCCUAUCGUACAAUAUCAUGGUAUUUUCUUAAACAAAUUGAUUCAUCUAAAACGAACAAAACAAACUAAACAAAA